GAACGUGAACAUCUGAAUUAUUGAGUCUGAUGGGCUGGUACCCCUUAUUCAUUCGUAGAUUUGGGCAUUGAAAAUCUCGGAAUGUAUCAGGAGAACAUGGGAUGCCUUGAGUAUUCGAGUUACUAUCCAGUUAGAAUGACAGAGCAAGAGAUUUCAAAUGAGUAUGACCCGGAGAAUAAUUUUACCUCAAUUAACUGUUCAACCUGUCGGGGUCAUCUGUCCAGACAAAUUCGAGAGCUUUCCUGGGUAAAUUAUUUCCAAUAAAAUUGUCUUCCAGGAUUUUUUUUUCAUCAAUUUCUGGACUGAAAUGUGGCGCUCAGUCGAGGUGUUUUCUGAUUGGCUGAUGUCUGGAUAUUACUGCAGCCCCAAAGUUGAUUCAAACAACAUAAACAAUUUUUCUAUCGAACCAUCCGAACCUUUUUAAUAAUUAAAAAAUCUAUUAUCGAUGUUGUGAGAUCAAUAAUCAAUUCUUUAAUCGUUGAUUUCGUUUUUCGUGGGGCCUCCGAAGGAAUAAAUCCGUUCAAAACAGAAAAAAACAGAAAUGGUGGUUGUCGUGUUUGAAAACCUUAAGUAACAGUCCGGAUUUAUACGUUUUUACAGUGAAGUAAGAUAAUUUUUGACUGAAGAAGUCCUGAACUUCUACAAAUAGCGGAUUUUUAUUUCAAUUUAUUCGGCUCAAGUCUUGUAAAGUUUUGUUGUAAUUACCGUUAUUAUUUCAAGUAAAAUGGAGUCGAGGACGGAGUUUAAGAUGAAAAAUCCACCGACUGAUGCAAUUUCAGCGGUGGAAUUUGGUCCCAAUUCGACGCAAUUUCUACUAGUUUCUUCCUGGGACUCCUCUGUGAGAUUGUACGAUAUCCAUGCGAACUCGAUGAGACUGAAGUAUAAUCACGAGUCUCCAGUACUUGAUGUUGCCUUCCAGGAUGCAGUUCACGCAUACAGUGGAGGUCUCGACAACACCCUGAAGAUGUAUGAUAUAAACGCGAAUACCCAGACCAUAAUGGGCACCCAUGACAAUGCAAUUCGAAAAAUCGAAUACUGCUCGACAGUUAACGCAAUAUUAACUGGUGGCUGGGAUGCUGCUGUCAAGUUAUGGGACACAAGAUCACCGACUUGUGUUGGUACUUACAUUCAACCAGACGUAGUUCUCGCACUCUCUGUAUGUGGAGACAAAUUCGUCGUGGGUACUGCCAAGAGGAAAGUCUGUAUUUGGGAUUUGAGGAAUAUGUCUGGGAUGUUCCAGAGGAGGGAGAGCAGUCUGAAGUAUCAGACUAGGUGUAUCAAAGGUUUUCCAAAUGAACAGGGGUAUGUGCUCAGUAGUAUCGAAGGGAGGGUAGCAGUGGAAUACCUGGACACAACCCCAGAGGCCCAAAAGAAGAAAUACGCGUUCAAAUGUCACAGGAUAAAAGAGAAUAAUAUCGAGUGUAUUUAUCCGGUGAAUGCCAUCAGCUUCCACUCAACGUACAACACAUUUGCCACUGGUGGUUCAGAUGGUUACGUCAACAUCUGGGAUGGCUUCAACAAGAAGAGACUCUGCCAGUUCCACAGGUACAAUGCUGGAGUGGCUGCUCUCAGCUUCAGUCACGAUGGCUCAGUCCUAGCCAUCGGUGUUUCCUUCUUAGAUCCCAAUGAAGUCGCCUCCCAUCAUCAAGACGAGAACGAAAUUUAUAUCAGAUACGUCAAUGACCAGGAAACGAAACCCAAAUAAAAGCCAAUUACUUCGAUUCCCACUGGUAAAUAAUUAAAAAAUAAUAACGAACUUUGAUUGAGUGAAUUUAUCAAGUCCAUCAAUUCUGGAAUUGUAUAAAAUUAAUUCGGUAAUUUAUGAACGAUAUUGAAUGACUGGUGAAUAAACUGGAGACAAUUAUUUCUUAAAAAA